AUGGCAUCUCGUCUAGUUCUCUGCAUCGGAGACCUCCAUAUCCCAGACAGAGCUCCAGAUAUCCCGGCGAAGUUUCGUAAACUUCUCUCUCCCGGUAAAAUCGGCCAGAUCCUCUGUCUAGGAAACUUGACCGACAAAGAAACAUACGACUUUCUACGUUCAACUGCGCCUGACCUUCAAAUUGUCAAAGGUGAUUUCGACGUCGACGCAACAAACCUUCCCUUAUCGAAAGUUGUAACCCACGGUAAUCUGCGCAUUGGGUUCACGCAUGGGCACACCAUUAUCCCACAGGGUGAUAGUGAUAGUCUGUUGAUCGAAGCUAGGAGACUGGACUGCGAUGUACUAGUUUGGGGAGGGACACAUCGAUUCGAAGCCUAUGAGCUGGAAGGCAGAUUUUUCAUCAACCCAGGCUCGGCAACAGGAGCCAUAUCGGGCGGAUGGGUCUCUGAAGAGGAGCCUAUUAUUCCAAGUUUCUGCUUGAUGGACGUUCAAGGCAGUGUCCUAGUCCUCUAUGUCUACCAGCUCCGCACCGACGAAAAAGGCAAUGAGAGUGUCGGAGUAGAAAAGGUCACCUUCAGAAAGAACGGCGAGACCGCAUCAUAG